ACUGUUGAAUCCCGCGACAUGCCACCGCGCUACGGUGCUCACGAACGGAUGAUAAAUCACGCUCGAUCAUGCUCCUUUGAAUAAACAAUGUACGCGGAGUUCAUCGUACUGCCGAACGGAAACGCGUUUCCCGGAGGAAAACCUAAUUGUCAUAAAAGAAUUCUCAAAGUAGAGAUAUGUGAUCCAUGCUCGCCUACGCUUUCAGGAGAUAGACAGAGUGCGCCGACAGACUUUCUCGUGAAAGUCUCCCGUUGACAUUUACGCAUUGAUUCCGACUCACAUUAUCAAUCACAUCGAGCAGGAACAUCGGCACUCCUGCAAAUUUCGGUACCAAAUUGUUUGCCCGUAGUCACGUUUGUCAAUGCUUAUCUGUGACUCCGAUUAGGCAGUAAAAGUGUUUAUGUCUAUGUCAUGUCGUAUAUUCUCCCUCCAAUCGCUCGUUGAAGGAGCGGAAAUUAAAAAUAUACGAUAUACGUGUCUCGUGUCUCAUUAGUGAUGUUCGAGGAUAAAACUUUGCUUCUCUUAUCAGCGCGCCGAUGUAACCAACGAUUAAUUCUCAUUUGGCGACAGAUAGCUUGUUGACUAUCGACAAGAUUCUUCGAGCAUAAUUGAUAUUUUUGCUAGAGUGAACACAUUAGAGAACAUUGUCUCAUGAAAAUGGGGCAAACAACAGGAGAAGAGAAUAGUAGUGACAAAUCGAUUGAAAAUAAUAAGCAACAUAAUCAAAAGGAAAAAUCUUCAGAAUCUGAGAAACAAAGACAAUCUUUACUACCAAGCGCAAGUUGUAGUACAGCAAGACAAGCUAGAGAGUAUAUUCCAAGGUCUGGAAUAAAAAAAUAUAAUAAUGCUUUGGGUAAUUUAAUACCAAUACGACUCCAAACCCAACAGAAAGAAGAUGCACCGGCGGAUAAAGCUGGAUUAUUUUCUUACGUAUAUAUAACAUGGAUGACACAUUACUUAUGGAAAGCUUACAAAAAAGGACUCACGAUCAAAGAUUUGCCGAGUAUUUCGGUGUAUGACUCCUGCGAAUACAACGCACUUAGGCUAGACGUACUGUGGCAACAGGAGUUAAGUAAAAAUGGCCCCAAUGCAGCUUCGUUUAGCACUGUAGCAUGGAGAUUUGUACGCACAAGAGUUUAUAUAUCAUGCAUUUUGCUAGCUAGUUCUCUUAUUUUUGGAUUUAUAAGUCCUACAAUAUUAAUGAGAAAAAUACUGGAGCACAUGGAGUCUCCAGAGGAGAAUUUUUGGGAUGGUAUUAAAUGGGUUGUACUGCUAGCACUAUGCGAUUCUUUGCGCGCAUUCUUUUUUACUUGGACGUGGAAUAUGAACUACAAGACUGGAUUACGAUUGAAGUCAGCUUGCACGACUCUGUUGUACAAGAAGAUUAUCAGACUAAAUAGUCUUGGCGAUAAAAAUACAGGAGAAGUGAUUAACUUAUUCUGUAAUGACAGUCAAAGGCUGUUCGAUGUAAUCAUUUAUGGGCCGAUGAUUAUCAGUGGACCAAUAGUCAUAAGCUGCGGCGUGAUUUAUAUACUCUGGUUGUUCAAUCCCAUUUCUCUGCUAGGAAUGGUAGCUUUUCUUUCGUUUUACCCGUGUCAAUUUUUAAUCUCACGUGCGACUGGUUACUUCCGUAAGAAGUCGAUAGAUAUCACGGAUUCUCGGGUACGUCUUAUGAGUGAGAUUUUGGAGAGCAUAAAAUUAAUUAAGAUGUAUGCCUGGGAAAAAUACUUUAGUCAAAAACUUCUCGCUAUACGCAAGAAAGAAGAACGUUGGCUUCACAAGACUGCAUAUUUUCAAAGUCUUAGCAUUUCUCUAACGCCCGCUAUACCUGUGAUAUCCGCAAUCAUCACGUUUUUGACACAUGUUGCCUCAGGCAAUGGAUUAACCGCUGCACAGGCUUUUCCAAUGACCACAUUAUUUGGAAAUUUGCUUAGGCUGGCGUUCACGUCACUUAGGGAUACCAUGCGAUAUUUUAUCGCCGCUCUUCUAUCUCUUAGAAGAUUUAAGGUCUUUCCCUUCGUAUCGGUGCUCAAUGCUCAAAUUCGUACCUCUUUCAUGUUUUUGCAAGUGGCCUUAGUUAAUAUUACCACAGCAAAGAUAACUUUUGGCAGAAUAAAGAGCGUAUUAUUGCUGGAUGAGGGCAAUUGCCAAGCGUCGAAACCAAUCGUGAGGUCGCAAGCGGUGGCUAUCGCUAACGGCACCUUUGUUUGCGACAGUGUGAAGCUUCAAACAGACAAGCCGAUCAGUAGUAAAAAGAAAAAAACACCACUCUCGAGCAAUCCGACAGAACUGGAAAGCCUUAAUCAACCAGCGCAGGAAGCCAAAUAUGUUGAGGUUCUCAGCGAUGUUCAUUUUGGAGCACCUAAAGGAAAACUGGUCGGCAUCUGCGGUCACGUAGGCAGCGGCAAGUCCAGUCUCCUACUGGCCGCCCUGGGACAGUUGAGAAUGACGAAAGGCCAUAUCUUGAGAGAGGGCUCCUGCGCCUACGUCAGUCAGCAAGCAUGGGUCAUGAAUGGAACCUUCAAAGAGAAUAUUCUGUUCGGCGAAGAGUUUGAUGCCAAGCGCUACUAUCACACGAUCACAAUUUGCAAUUUGAAGGACGAUCUGAAUAUGCUGCCAGGAGGUGAUGAGACUGAAAUCGGUGAAAGAGGAGUCAAUCUGUCCGGAGGGCAGAGGCAGAGGGUCGCGCUCGCGCGAGCGUAUUACGCCAAUCGGGAUAUUUAUUUUCUCGAUGAUCCUUUAAGCGCAGUCGACGCAUACGUUGGUUCAUACAUAUUUGAAAAGUUGAUCAUCGAAGCUCUUAGAAAUAAAUCUAUUCUCUUUGUCACACAUCACAUUCAAUUCCUAAAACGUUGCGACGAAAUCUACAUGAUGGCUAAGGGCAAGAUCGUGGAGCACGGGACUCAUGAGGAACUCAUGCGGCUCGACAGGGAAUAUGCAUCAAUGGUGAAGAGCGGAAUUGUUGCAGCUGAAGAUAAUUUGUUAACAGGAAAAUCUGCAGGAACGACGCAGGGAAGUAUUCUCAAUGAUGAUGAUAAUUCAGACUCUCAGAAGGCCGUGACAGAGUUCGGAAGCAAAGAGAAUCACACAAAAGAAAAGUUAUACAAAGGCAAGACUUUAACCGUAGAAGAGAAAGCUGAAAAAGGUGCCGUCAAGUCGUAUACUUAUCACAUAUAUAUACAAGCCACAGGUGGUUAUGUCGUCGCGAUUCUUGUAUUCUUGACGUUCUUCUUAAACGUGGGUAGUUCAGCAUUUAGCACUUGGUGGCUUGCUGUGUGGAUCAAAGCUGGUGGCGGUAACACGACCAUACCUGAAAGCAAUAAAAUUAUAUAUUCGGAGAACAUAAACGCCAAUCCAGACUUCUUAUAUUAUCAAAAUAUAUAUGCAGCGUGCAUUGGUGGCAUAUUAUUGACGAGUUUAAUUCGUGGCUUCGUAAUUAUGUUUGCAACGAUAAAAGCCUCGACCACGUUGCAUAAUAUGUUUUUUUACAAGUUAAUCGGUGCUCCGUUAAAGUUCUUCGAGACUACCCCGAGUGGUAGGAUCCAAAAUGUAUUCAGUCGAGACAUGGACGAAAUUGAUAAUUAUUUACCUAUAUCGAUAGAGAACAUGGUGCAAAACAUUUUUACUUGUAGUUUUGCUAUAUUUUUUAUUUGCGGCGUAUUACCCUGGUUUUUUUUCCCGUUACUCAUUUUCGGUGGACUGUUCUUUUUCGUUAGUAAAUUAUUUAGGGUAGGCAUGAGGGACCUGAAAAGAAUGGAAAACGUCUCGCGGUCUCCCGUUUUAAGUUUCGUUACCACGACGAUCCAAGGCUUGAACACAAUUCACGCGUUUCAAAAGGAAAAGAAUUUCGUGCACAAAUUCGAAGAGUUAUUUAACACGAAUAAUUUAUGUCAGUAUCUCUGCCAAGCCGCGAUGAGAUGGUCCGCAGUAAGAUUGGACAGCUUGGUAAUUGCUUCGUCUUUUAUAACCGCGUUACUCGUGAUCUGCCUUAAGAAUGAACUGUCACCAGCUUUCGCCGGACUGGCCAUGGCGUACUCGACGCAGAUGACCGGUGUUUUUCAAUAUACCGUCAGAUUGAUGUCUGAGACGGAAAUGCGCUUUAUAAGCGUGGAAAGGAUUAGCUACUACCUUAAAACUUUGCAAAGAGAAGGUGCGAGUAAGACAGCUGAUGUUAAACCAGCGGACAAUUGGCCUUCACAUGGAAAGAUAGAAUUCAAGUCAGUUCAGAUGAGAUACAGAGAAGAAUUGCCGCUCGUGUUGGUCGGUGUCUCUUUUAGCAUUAAAGCCGGAGAGAAAAUAGGUAUUGUGGGUCGUACCGGAUCCGGCAAAAGCUCCUUGGCUGUGGCUCUAUUCCGGCUAGUAGAAAUUUGCGAAGGCAUCAUUAAAAUCGAUGGUAUCAAUAUUUCGAAAUUAGAAUUGGACGUAUUAAGAAGUAAGCUUUCGAUCAUCCCUCAGGAUCCAAUUUUAUUCAGCGGAACUAUAAGAUCCAAUCUAGAUCCUUUCCAACAACAUACCGAUUCGGACAUUUGGAACACUCUCGAGAAGACUCGAAUGAAAGAUAAGGUGUCUCUUAUGACAGGAAACCUUGAUGCUUCCGUUGGAUUUGGUGGAAAUAAUUUAAGUGUUGGCGAGAGACAACUUCUUUGCUUAUCAAGAGCUUUAUUGCAUAGUACUAAGAUAUUGUUGCUGGACGAAGCCACGGCAGCCGUUGAUCCCGAGACAGAAGCGGCGGUACAGAAUACUCUGCAGAAUGAGUUCGCGGAUUGUACUAUACUUACGAUUGCUCAUCGAUUACAAACAGUAGUCGCGUCUGAUCGCAUUCUCGUCAUGAGUAACGGCCUCAAGAUUGCGAACAUAAUCCCUAUUAUGAUGUUGGGGCGGAAGCAGAGCCUCAAAGGGGAACCCGUUCUGGCCGACUAUGGCCCGGAGGAGUCCCUCAAUGAGAGCGCUGACAUAGAGUGGGUCAACAAGCUGUGGGUGAGGAGGCUGAUGCGGUUCUGUGCUCUGGUCUCACUGGCUUCGGUUUGUUUAAACACCCCGAAGACCUUCGACAAGAUACCGUCUCUGCAAUAUGUUACUUUCAUUUGCGAUCUAUUAGUCACGUUUUUGUUCACCGCUGAGAUGAUCGCCAAGAUGUAUAUACGUGGAAUACUAAAGAGGGAUAAGUCUUACCUGAAGGAUCAUUGGUGCCAAUUCGACGCGAGUAUGGUGAUCUUCCUCUGGCUGUCUGUGAUUCUUCAGAUGUUUGAAAUGUUGGGUUUUCUCGUAAAAUUCAGUUACGCCUCGAUUAUGCGAGCACCACGACCACUGAUCAUGAUACGCUUCCUACGAGUCUUCCUCAAAUUCUCAAUGCCCAAGAACAGAAUCAAUCAGAUCUUUAAACGCUCGAGCCAGCAAAUCUACAACGUAACGCUGUUCUUCCUGUUCUUUAUGUCUCUUUACGGCUUUCUGGGUGUGCAAUUUUUCGGCGAGCUGAAGAAUCAUUGUGUACUAAAUACCACCGAUCCGAGUUACAUUACGAUCAACAGUCUAGCUAUUCCCGACACAUUUUGUUCCACUGAUCCGGAAUCUGGAUAUCAAUGUCCCGAAGGGAUGAUCUGCAUGAAGCUGGAGUUAACCAAGUAUAUUAUAGGCUUCAAUGGAUUUGACGAGUUUGCCACCAGUAUAUUCACCGUGUAUCAAGCAGCCUCUCAAGAGGGCUGGGUCUUCAUUAUGUAUCGAGCGAUAGAUAGUCUGCCAGCGUGGCGCGCGGUUCUCUACUUCAGCACGAUGAUAUUUUUCCUGGCUUGGUUGGUGAAAAACGUCUUUAUCGCCGUCAUCACAGAAACCUUCAACGAAAUCCGUGUGCAAUUCCAGCAAAUGUGGGGCGUUAGAGGUCAAAUCAGCAACAGCUCGGCGUCGCAAAUAUUAACCGGUGACGAUAAUGGUUGGAAGCUAGUUACAUUAGACGAGAACAAGCACGGUAGUUUAGCCUCGCCAUACUGUCACGCUAUCCUCAGAUCACCGCACUUUCGCAUGGUGGUGAUGUGCGCGAUCUUGGCGAACGGUAUCACUACCGCGACGAUGAGCUUCAAGCAUGACGAGCAACCGAGGCAUACGUACUACGGCAAUUAUUACUACGCUGAAAUCGCCUUCACGAUAUUUCUCGAUCUCGAGACUCUCUUCAAGAUAUGGUGCUUGGGCUUUCGGAGUUACUUUAAGCAUUCGAUACACAAGUUCGAAUUGCUGCUUGCCGUUGGCACGACUAUACACAUUCUUCCGUUCUGCUAUCUCUCUGGAUUCACUUACUUUCAGGUUCUCCGAGUAGUCCGACUUAUCAAAGCAUCGCCGAUGUUGGAGGACUUCGUUUACAAGAUCUUCGGUCCCGGAAAGAAGCUCGGUAGUCUUAUUAUUUUUACCAUGUGCCUACUGGUAAUAUCGUCCAGCAUCUCUAUGCAGCUUUUUUGUUUCCUCUGUGACUUCACCAAGUUCGAGACUUUUCCCGAAGCAUUCAUGUCGAUGUUCCAAAUUCUCACGCAAGAAGCCUGGGUGGACGUCAUGGACGAGACUAUGCUUCGAACUCAUGAGACGAUGGCACCUUUCGUCGCGGUAUACUUCAUUUUGUACCAUCUUUUCGUCACACUGAUUGUAUUGAGUCUUUUCGUUGCCGUAAUCUUGGAUAAUCUUGAAUUAGACGAAGACAUUAAGAAGCUGAAGCAACUGAAGUUUCGCGAACAGAGCGCAGAGAUAAAGGAGAGCUUGCCGUUCAGAUUGAGAAUUUUCGAAAAAUUUCCAGACAGCCCGCAGAUGACAUGUCUUCACAAAGUGCCGUCAGAUUUCAAUUUGCCGAAGGUGCGCGAGAGUUUUAUGCGACAAUUCGUACUUGAAGUGGAGGACGAGGAGAACGAAGGCGCUAAGAGGACCAACGAAACUUUUGACUCGAAAAUGUUAUACAGAAAACAGCGACCAGUGAAAAUCUUGAACAAUCCGCCGAAAGUAAGAAGCGUUGUCACAAAUUUGAAAAAAGCGGCUGUUAUCUACAUCAUAAAUGAUUCCAACAAUCAGAGGCUUCUACUAGGAGAUUCCGCUAUGAUUCCUGUGCCAGGAAAAGGACUGCUGAAACCGCAGGGCACUGUCAGUAGCGCCAAGCAGCUUCGCAUCGAUCAAAAAAAAUCAAUCAGAAGAAGCGUCCGAAGUGGAUCGAUCAAACUCAAACAGACGUACGAGCAUCUCAUGGAGAAUGGUGACAUAGGCGGGAUAAAUAGAGUCAGUUCCUCGCGUAGCAGGCCACACGACUUAGAUAUCAAGCUAUUGCAGGCUAAGAGGCAACAGGCGGAAAUGCGAAGAAACCAACGUGAGGACGACUUGCGGGAAAACCAUCCGUUUUUCGACACGCCGUUGUUCGUGGUGCCGCGUGAGAGUAAAUUCCGCAAAAUUUGUCAGCUGCUCGUUUACGCGAGAUACGACGCGAGACUGAAGGAUCCUUUGACAGGCAAGGAGAGGAAAGUGCAAUACAAGAGUCUGCACAAUUUCCUCGGUUUGGUGACUUAUCUCGACUGGGUGAUGAUAUGCGCCACGACGUUGUCGUGCAUCUCAAUGAUGUUUGAAACGCCGCGAUAUCGCGUAAUGGAAGUGCCAGCGUUGCAGAUCGCAGAAUAUGGUUUCGUCAUCUUCAUGAGCAUCGAGCUGGCGCUUAAAAUAUUGGCGGACGGCUUGUUCUUUACACCCAAAGCUUACAUUAAGGAUGUUGCCUCAGUGUUGGAUGUUUUUAUUUAUAUUGUAAGCCUCGUGUUCUUAUGUUGGAUGCCGAAGAGCGUGCCACCGAAUUCUGGUGCGCAGCUACUAAUGAUAUUGCGAUGUGUCCGACCGUUGAGAAUUUUCACUCUUGUGCCGCAUAUGAGGAAAGUCGUUUACGAACUUUGCAGAGGAUUUAAGGAAAUCUUGCUGGUAUCGACACUAUUGAUCCUGCUGAUGUUCGUGUUCGCGAGUUACGGCGUGCAAUUGUACGGCGGCCGAUUAGCGAGAUGCAACGAUCCGACGAUCUUGAAGCGCGAGGAUUGUGUCGGUGUAUUCAUGAGGAGAGUAUUCGUGACGAAGAUGAAGUUGCGCCCAGGAAAGGAUGAGAGUUAUCCGUCCAUAUUGGUACCGCGUGUGUGGGCUAAUCCUAAAAGAUUUAACUUCGAUAAUAUUGGCGACGCGAUGAUGGCUCUGUUUGAAGUGCUUUCUUUCAAAGGUUGGCUCGACGUGCGGGACGUACUUAUCAAAGCUCUUGGUCCUGUUCACGCGAUUUAUAUACACAUUUAUAUUUUCCUGGGUUGUAUGAUCGGCUUGACCUUGUUCGUAGGCGUUGUUAUCGCGAAUUAUUCUGAAAACAAGGGCACUGCUUUGCUCACGGUUGAUCAGAGACGAUGGUGCGACUUGAAGAAGCGGCUGAAGAUCGCACAGCCGCUACACUUGCCGCCAAGACCGGAUGGCAAGAAGUUUCGGGCUUUCAUCUACGAUAUCACGCAGAACAUCUAUUUCAAACGAUUCAUCGCCGUCAUGGUUAUCACAAAUAGCGCUCUGCUGUGCGUCUCUUGGAGAAUCGAGGAAUCGCACACGGAACCACUGGCCACUUUCUCCAUGAUUCUGACACUGGUUUUCCUCGUGGAAGUAAUCAUGAAAAACAUUGCUUUUACACCACGUGGCUAUUGGCAAUCCAGAAGAAACAGAUAUGAUUUGCUUGUGACAGUCGUGGGCGUUAUUUGGAUCGUCGUACAUUGCACGAUGAAGAACGAUCUGUCCUACGUGAUCGGAUUUAUGGUUGUAAUACUUAGAUUCUUUACCAUCACCGGCAAGCAUACCACACUCAAAAUGCUGAUGCUUACGGUCGGAGUAUCCGUCUGCAAGAGCUUUUUCAUCAUAUUCGGCAUGUUCUUACUUGUGUUCUUCUACGCGUUAGCCGGCACCAUUAUCUUCGGCACCGUCAAGUACGGAGAAGGGAUCGGAAGGCGCGCUAAUUUCGGGUCACCGGUUACCGGCGUGGCGAUGCUCUUCCGAAUAGUAACAGGAGAGGAUUGGAACAAGAUCAUGCACGAUUGCAUGAUACAGCCGCCCUAUUGCACGCCGGCCGACAAUUACUGGGAAACGGACUGCGGCAAUUUUCACGCUUCUCUCAUUUACUUCUGUACAUUUUACGUUAUCAUCACUUACAUCGUCUUGAAUCUUUUAGUGGCUAUCAUUAUGGAGAACUUCUCUCUAUUCUAUUCGAAUGAAGAAGACGCGUUAUUAUCUUACGCCGACAUAAGGAACUUUCAGAACACGUGGAACGUUGUCGAUGAUCAUCAGAAAGGUGUUAUACCGGUGAAGAAGGUGAAGUACAUUCUGCGGUUAUUAAAGGGCAGAUUGGAGACUGAUCCGCAAAAGGAUCGCCUGCUCUUCAAGUACAUGUGCUACGAACUCGAACGGCUGCAUAACGGCGAAGACGUUACCUUCCACGAUGUCAUUAACAUGUUGUCGUACCGUUCAGUAGACAUAAGAAAGGCGCUUCAAUUGGAGGAGUUACUGGCGCGGGAGGAGUUCGAGUACAUAAUCGAGGAGGAAGUGGCCAAGCAAACCAUCAGAACGUGGCUACAGGGCUGUUUGAAGAAAAUUAGAGCGAAGCAGCAGAAUAGUCUUAUCGCUGGGCUUCGUGCUACGAAUAACGCGCUACCGCCACCUCAGGAUCAUAUCGAGGAAAAAGGCAAGGAAGUUAGCGUCGAUCGCGAAGAAGAGACUGAAACUAAGGAUGUCGAGGUGUCGAAGCACAGAGCGAAGAAACCAGUGGUGCUUCCACGAUCAGACAGCAUAGGAAGCGCAUCCGGAAGAAAGUAUUUAGCCCCGACUUUGUCGGAUCCCGCAUCCGUUCGAUCUGACAAAGAUAAGAUCGCCGUGGCAAAGAAGAGGAACAGCAGACCGCCGACGAUGGUGAAAAAUAAUUUACCACACCUGACGGAAAACACGGAGCAAAGCAGACAGCAGAGAGAGACGUUGAACAGUAAAGCACCCGCUCCUAAAGUCUCCAGCGUUAUGUUAGAGGUGCGAGAAUGGUGGAAGGAGCAAUUGGCUUACAGCAGUGAGUCCAGUGAGGACGAAGUCUAGAACUUCCGAGUCACUGAUGAAAAAUUAUCAAGCUAUACGAUUAUAAUCGCGCAACAAGUGGUAUGAAGCCAGGUUUCUCACUCGUAUAAAUCGUACGAAACGAAUUUUUAGCCUAAGAACCCCGUGCACUGAGUAGGGAGAAAAAAGAACGGAAGAGAUGAAUGUUGUAUGUGCCUAAUAAUUUGUAACUAUUCACUCGACGUCUAAUGAAGAACUUUAAUGCGUCGAGCUCCGCAGUUUUCAUUGCUGAUAGUUUCACGUUAAUAUAUGUAACAUACUUAUACGAUAGUAUGUUUCUGAGAAGCAGUGUGUACAAAAUGAAAUGACAGACCCGAAAAACAUCUGUUACAUGUUCGUGAAGCUCGACGUGUUAAAAGAAUGAUCUAUACAUUGCAGGAAAAAUAAUUAUUAAAACACACAUAUACACUUGCAACAUUUCAUAUUGAAUAUCAGAACGUUACUGUCAUCAAAUAAUAAAUUCGCCAGGAUGAAUGUGUUUGAGUAAUCGAGUAUCUAUUCCAUUUGACGACAUAUCGCUGGCGGGCAAUUUUCCAUUGUGCUACUGGUUCAUCAUAGUAUUUUAUUCGUGUUUGUUAAACAUCAACAGUUAUCUGUGACAUAGUUUUUUAUAUACAAUGCAAUAUAAAUUGUUGUGCAAACAAUAGAAUCAGCGAUAUCGUUAAUUGCAAUUUUAUAAGUGCAAUUGGCACAGGACGCGACUCAUCAUAAAUAUUUUUUUGCUGUGAAGAGUCCUGAUUCUAUCGAUGACGUCAUCAAGCGUUCAUCUUUUCUUCUAUAAGAAUACGUCCUGAUGGCCUGUACCAUAGACUUAUAUACAAUGUAAUUGAUUUGAUAUUGACAAUUGUAAAGUUUUAGCGCAUGAUCGUUAAUGUUACAUUAUCUCUGUUAUAACAAUUAGCAGUAAAUGUUGUUAUGGGUAUCGUUGUCGCUAUAUAUGGAAGAGGACUAUGCUGACAAAGCAACAUCGGCCAAUGAUAACUAUUUAACGAAUAAUUGCUUACUAAUAAUUUUCUAAAAUGAUUCCGAGAUAAAGAUAGCACUAACCGGGGUUAGUUGGCCGAGAUUGAUUUUCCAAAUGAAGUUGCAUGUGCGACUCAUACACGAAUAGCUUAUAUGAGACUAGUGAGAGAAUCGAAUGGAGUAUUUAUACGACUCUCGCAUAAACUUUUGUAAUAGAAUAUUGUGAUAACGUAAAAAUACGUCGUGAAUAUAUAUUGUUAAUGAGUCUUUAGCGGAACGCGAUCGAUGUUAGCGCAAAUAGUACAUACGCACACGUAUGAUGGAUUGAUAUAUUAUGUACUUGUAAAUUUCGCAGUGGGAAGGAUUUAGCCUUGUGAGUUGUAUCACUGUAUUGAAUGUUGAUGAUUGUUGCUAGU